GUCACUGUGAGCUGAGUUCUCCUGGAGUUCUAAGGAUUCCUCCCGUUUGCUUUGCAAGAGAGAUCGGAAGCAGCUUUUUUCUGUCUCUCCCCAUUCCCUGCCUGCGGCUUCUUGGAAGAUCAGAAAGAAAGGGGGGAGUUCUAAAGAACGUGAAAGUUGGAGCUGACAGUUGCCAGAUCCAACGGUGACGUAGGCUGCAAGCUCGCUCGCUCGCUUGCUGGGGACACAGUUUCUCACACGCCUCUUAGAAACAUGGCCAGCUGUGUGUAGCACCUCCAGCAGAUGCAAGAUCACAGAUCGUGACGCACAAUGUGGAGUGCCCUGUUUUCCGCUUUGUACCUGCUGGGUGUUUUCUCGGAGAACUGCAGAGGACGGAAGCUGCCAGCGUUUCAAGACGGGGAGAAGUGUCCGCUACUGGAGAAAGAAGGUCUCCGGCUGGACCAGAGCAGCAAUGAAUUCGUAAAUAUAACUGGAUUUAAUCUAAUCAAAAGGUUUGGUCUUCUGAAGACCUUGUCGGUUAAGAAAAUACGCAAUCCCAAAGGUCCGAUGAUCCUCCGAUUAGGCAACACUUCCUUGGUUCAUCCGACGAAACAGCUGUUCCCCCGGGGCUUGCCUGAUGAAUUCACUUUGAUCAUCACUCUACUCUUGAAGAAGCAGACUACCAAAGAGAACUGGUAUCUCUUCCAGAUCACUGAUCCUCAAGGAUACCCCCAGCUCUCCCUGGGAAUCAACAGCAAAGAGCGAAGUCUGGAGUUCCAGGCCAAGGACCGUCACGGGGAAUUGAUUGGCGUGGUCUUUGCUGGCAAAGGCAUCACCUCUCUUUUUGACUUGAAGUGGCACAAAAUGGCAGUCAGCCUUCAAACCCAGGUGAUCUCCGUCCACGUUGACUGCAGUUACAUCUCAUCUAAGCCUCUGCAGCUGCGCCAGCAGUUGGUCAGCGAAGGCAACGCAUUCGUGGGGCUGGAGGCAGUGCGUGGGACUCCGGUGAUGUUUGACAUUCAGCAGCUGCACAUCUACUGUGACCCAGCCAUGGCAAUGCACGAGGGAUGUUGUGAGAUCUCCGACAGUGGGUGUUUUCCGGAAGCCUCCAAAACACGUCGGGAUGUAGAAGUUAUGGAGAACAAUGAAUUGAUUGAGAUCAACCCCCAAACGGAAGGCAAGGUUUACACGCGCUGUUUCUGCUUGGAAGAACCUCAAAGCAAACAGGAGGUGAGAGCCUCUGGGAAGAUUUCUAUGAAAGGAGAUCAAGGAGAAAAGUGUCUUCCAUGUGACAAGAGGUCACCAUAUGCAAAUGCUACCUUGGGUCCCCCUGGUCUGAAGGGUGGGAAAGGUGAACAGGGAUCUCCAGGAAUCUAUGGAUCCAAAGGAGAGAAAGGUGAUCGUGGUGCUGACUGUGUCCGGAUCUCACCUGAAGCUCCGUUACAGUGUGCUGAAGGCCCAAAAGGGGAGAAGGGAGACCAAGGAGAAAAGGGGCUUCAAGGACUGAUUGGAGGUCUCGGGCAGAAAGGACAGAAGGGUGAGAAAGGAGACUUAGGACUUCAAGGAAAAUCAGGUGCCCCUGGGCGAGAUGGCCGACCUGGAGAGCUGUGCAUAGUAGGGCCCAAAGGCCAAAAGGGGGAUCCAGGUUUCGUUGGCCCUGAAGGGCUUGCUGGAGAACCAGGACCUCCAGGGUUGCCAGGCCCACCUGGAAUUGGCCUUCCAGGAAAACCAGGUGAUCCCGGUGGGCCCCCAGGUUUGACAGGAGAGAAGGGAAAUUCAGGACCUCCAGGGGAAAGUGGAUCUCCUGGGAAGCCAGGCAAACCAGGGACCCCAGGCCUGAAAGGUGUAAAGGGUGAUCCGUGUGAAGUUUGCCCUACUAUUAUGGAUGGAAACCAAAUUGGCCUUCCUGGGAAUCCAGGAGCCAAGGGGGAACCUGGACCACCUGGGAAACCCGGCAAAUCAGACAAACCUGGGCCUCCAGGAACUAAAGGCAACAGGGGGGACCCUGGGAUUAAUGGCAUUAAAGGAGAAAAGGGUGAACCAUGUUUGUCGUGCAUCCCACUCGGUUUUCAUUUACAAGAUCCUCAGAAAAAUAGGUCUGAAGAAAGCAGUUCAAAGUUUGGGCUUCCCGGUAUGCCUGGCUCUCCUGGGACGGCUGGACUCAAAGGAGAAAAGGGAGACCGUGGACUUUUUGGGCCUGUAGGCAAACCUGGAAUCCAGGGCAAUAAAGGGGACACUGGCGGUCCAGGAGUCAAAGGCGAGAAGGGCGAAUCAUGCACAUCCUGCUCUUCUCUAGAAGGUGGAAAAGUUACUAUCAGUGUCCCUGGGCCUCAAGGUGAAAAGGGCGAACCAGGUGUCCCUGGGAUUGGACUUCCUGGAAAACAAGGAAUACCUGGAGAAGCUGGAAUAAAAGGACAGAAGGGUGAUGCAGGAAACCCCGGUGAUCCGGGCACACCUGGUGAAGCAGGUUUGCAUGGCCUUCCUGGUGAGCCAGGCAUCAGAGGACUAGCAGGGGUGAAAGGUGAAAAGGGAGAGGCUUGUGAGUCAUGUCCCAUAAUCAGCACGGACCAACCUGGAGUAGUUGGUGUCCCAGGCAGACCUGGUCAAAAAGGGGAUCCUGGUCUUCCAGGUGUAGGUCAGCCAGGCAAACCUGGAAAACCAGGACUUCCAGGUGUUCAGGGACCUCCUGGCCUGAAGGGGUUGCAGGGAGAACCAGGCAUAUCUGGCAUAGGAAUCCAAGGGCCAGAAGGAGAAACUGGGCAAAAAGGAUUACCAGGAAAUCCAGGGCCUCCAGGACCUCGUGGUCCAGUAGGAAAUCCUGGAAUAAAAGGUGCAAAGGGCUCGCUAGGUGUUAAAGGUGCCAUUGGUCCCCCUGGGCUUCCAGGUCCAUCCAUUCCUGGCCCACAGGGUCCAGAAGGCCAGCAAGGCGUGCCCGGAGUUCCUGGUUCCAAUGGUUUAAUGGGUGAAAGAGGUGCCAAAGGCGAGAAGGGAGAUUCUGGUGAAUGCACCUGCCAGCCUGGCUCUCGCCCGGACACAGGCCAUGGUCUUCCGGGCGCUCCGGGACUGUGGAUCGGGAAUCCCUGGCAGCCUCAGCCAGGCCCUCAGGGACCUCCAGGUGCUCCAGGACCCCCAGGCCCACCAGGAGCCCCGGGAAUUCAGGGCAUCCCAGGAAUCAAUGGCUUGUCGGGACUACCUGGGCCACCGGGUGAAUGGGAUUCACAAUCACUAGUGGGACCUACUGUAACACAGGAGAACCCCUGUGAAACCUGCAACUCCCAAGGCUCUAACGGGAUAAAAGGAGAAAAAGGAGAUCGGGGCCAACCUGGAGCUCCGGGCAUAGAUAACUGUGCAGACUGCCACCGUCAGCACCCUGCAGACCAGACCCAGUCCGACAACAAUGAUCCUGAUUGUGCUGGAGGACAUCCUGGAAGCCCUGGCUAUCCUGGACAGAGAGGCGAGCAGGGUCCACCAGGCUUAAGAGGUUCUCCAGGCCCUCCUGGACCAACUGGCCCCCCAGGUUUUCCGGGAGUGCCUGGCCCACCUGGAUUACCUGGACUCCAGGGCGAACGUGGGCCAAUUGGAAUCCAUGGAUCCAAGGGAGAGCCAGGUCCUCCAGGUCAGCCCGGAUAUCCUGGAUCGGUAGGACCCCCUGGGCUCCCGGGUGCCAAAGGGGAACGGGGCUAUGUUGGACCCCCAGGAGAGAAAGGAGAAUCGGGACCCCCUGGCACAGAUGGACCUAUAGGACCCAUGGGACCCUCGGGUCCCAGAGGAGAACGAGGAUUGCCAGGCAGCUCAGGAGAAAAAGGAGACCAGGGUUUUCAAGGCCAGCCUGGUUUUCCGGGGGCACCGGGUCCUCCAGGUUUUCCAGGAAAAGCAGGAUCUCCUGGGCCUCAAGGACCACCAGCUGAAAAGGGCAGUGAAGGGAUGCGCGGGUCUCCUGGCAUGGCUGGUCCCCCCGGGCCUCCAGGACAACCUGGACUACAGGGUCCACCUGGCCUGGAGGGACAAGAUGGAAAAGAUGGAAAACCAGGGUCACGGGGUGACUCAGGACCACCCGGACCUCCAGGAAUGAUGGGCCCUCCAGGAUUCAAGGGGAAAACAGGUCAUCCUGGUCUGCCAGGACAGAAGGGUGAUUGUGGAAAGCCAGGACCUCCUGGAAAUACAGGCCGGGCUGGAGCUGAGGGAGAGCCCGGUCUUAUGGGGCCUCAAGGUCGACCAGGACCUCCUGGACAUGUCGGUCCACCUGGAAGCCCUGGUCAACCUGGUCCAUCAGGGCUUGCUGGAGUAGGUCUGAAGGGUGAACGGGGGUCCCCUGGAGAAAGAGGUCUCGGUGGGCUCCCAGGCCAGCCAGGAACACCUGGUCAUCCAGGUCCACCGGGUGAGCCAGGCUUGGAUGGACUGCCAGGAAAAGAGGGAUCUCCUGGAAAAUCAGGUUCCCCUGGUCCUUCCGGACAGAAAGGGGACCACGGCACUCCCGGGGAGACGGGUCAACCUGGAGAGAAAGGCAGAGCGGGGAUGCCAGGAGGCCCAGGGAAAAGUGGUGAAAUGGGACCCAUGGGACCGCGUGGGUCCCCUGGGGAGAGAGGACAUCCUGGCUCACCUGGUCCGACAGGAAACCCUGGGAAUCCAGGCCUGCCGGGGACGUCGGGAGAUGCCAUCAGCUAUGACCAGAUCCGGAUGUUCAUCAGAGAAGAGUUCCAAAAAAUGUUUGAUGAGCGGAUUCGGUACUAUACUUCCCAACUGCCCUUACCAGUAGAAGUCCUUUCCCAGCCAGGGAGACCAGGACCACCUGGCAAAGACGGAACGCCGGGACGGUCAGGUCCCCCUGGUUCUCCGGGAUUGCCUGGACAAAUUGGAAGGGAAGGCCGGCAAGGUCUGCCCGGCAUGAGAGGUGAGCCCGGAAUCAAAGGAGAGAAAGGAGACAAAGGGACUGGAAUCAUGGGGGAGAGUGGACCCCCAGGCUCUCCAGGCAUGCAGGGGCCUCCAGGCUAUGGGAAAAUCGGCCUUCCAGGGCCCAUGGGGCAGCAAGGUAUUCCGGGCGUCCCGGGACCACCAGGAAUCACGGGCCCUCCUGGAAAAGCCGGUCACUGCAACCCUUCAGACUGUUUUGGCAUGAUGCCCAGGGAGCAGCCUAUGUACCAGCCCAAAAACAUGAAGGGGCCUAUGGGCUAAAGAAUGUUCUCCUUUCCCACCCCACAAAGGACUCCAUUUGGAAUAGCCAAAGAUCAAGUCUUCCAUCAUGACUGGCUGUGAUGAUGAUGAUGAUGCUUUUAUUGUUGUUAAUAUUUUGACUAUAUUUUUCUCCAGUGGAGUUCAACUUCUUAUCAUGAUGGCAUUGAUGUUGUUGUUUUUUUUUUUUAAAAAAAGAACUACCAGGAUAUCUGUGUGUCUGCGUGUGGGAGAAAGAGAAGAUUUCUGUGUGUGAAUGUUUUCAUAUUCUGACUGAUUUUUACCCCCAGUCAGCAAAAUGUAUUCAAGACAAAAACUUCAGUUUUCCCUGGUGGAGAGGAAGAUUCUGUUCAUUACUUUCCCUGCCUCGUUAGGAAUUAUUAUUUCCACAAUGCAGAUAGAGUCUGUUGAAAAUUUUAAGAAAAUAUGCAAAGGGGGGGAUGAGAAAGGGGGAAUGCUGUGGUUUAAUUUCAGUUUUUUUAUUGGGUUUUCCCUCUUAGCAUGAGUUAUAAUGGAUCCGGGAGGCGAGAGAUAAACAGUUCUAAAUUGGUAGAACAAAAUUGCCUCAGUUUGGAAUCUCACCGGCCAGGCCAUUGCAAAUCAGGAAAUUGUCACCUAUCACAUCUCAAGAGUGCGCGAUGAGAAAGGCUGCCCUACCUAGUAUUUACACACCUCUCUUGGAGCAAAUUGCACAAGUAAAUCCAGCGGAAUUUACUUCUAGUAGAUAUACGUGAAAUUGUACUGGAAAAAAAAAAGUCACUUCAUAGCUCGUAGACUUUCUCCCCUUAAGUGAAAUGAAAAAAAAAAUGGGAACAAAAAUUAAAAGUAUUAAAAGUUGCGUUGGGUCUUUGGAGGUGAAAAAAAAAAUCUAAGGAAUUCCCGAAACUGAAAACAAAACAAGUUGUGUGAUAUUUAGGAUGUAUGAAUGGGAGUAUUAUCUUACGGUGUAAUUACUUUUCCAGACGUCCAACAUUCUGUGUUCUUCCUGUUGUAUGAAAUGUGUGGGACCAUGUACCUUCUGGAAUUAAUUAAUUUUUCUUGAAUGUUCCUGGUUUUGUUUUCUUCAUUUUUUUUAUCAAAUAUAUUGAACUUCAUCCAAAGCAGA